CAAACCUUAAUCCUAGAGAGAGAGAGAGAGAGAGAGAGAGAGAGUGACACAGGUAGGACCAUGCGUUCUUUGCGAAGCGCAAGAGCGCUCUACGAGAGAUCUACGUUCUCUCUCUUCAGUCUCAGCCCCUACAAUGGGCAUCGCUCGGCUCUUCCGCCGUCGCGCUCCAUCUCCUCCACGGCGCUGCUUCAGAAUUCAUGGAUGGACAAGGUCAAAGGAGUCUUCACCGGGAAGAAGAAGACGUCCCCGGAAGAAGCCGAGGUCGCCGGCGAAUCGUUCACGCUGCUCCGGUUUGCCGACCAGAUGAAGAACGCGAGGAGGCUGGGAACCUUCAAGAAAUACAUGGUCGGGCGAAGCAGUGAGGCGACAUUCGUGGACGCUUUCGAGAAGCAGGAAGCGAUUCUCCGAUAUCUAGGAGGUUUGGACCCUUCUGGAGAGCAUCUCCAAACUAAUCAAAAACAAGAAGCAGCAAAAAAUUGCAACUGUACGAUAGCCGAUGUAGAGAAUACACUUGCAAGAUUCACUUGGGCAAAGGAAGCAGAAAAGAAGAUGAUGCAGAUGAAGGAAGAAGGAAAACCGUUGCCAAAGAGCCUUGCCGAGGUUCAAAAACUAAUGGGGUCAACACCAUUAGAUUUGGCUAGGUCUAAUCUGGCUAAGAGUGGACAGAUCAGCCGGAAUGCAAUGUGCCCAUGUGGUUCUAAGAAGAGAUACAAAAGGUGUUGUGGAAAGGAUUGAAGAGAUUCAAGAACUUAAGAGUAUAUUUACCCUGUCCUUGACUUGAGGAUUCUCAGAGGUUCUUGUUGCCUAUCUUGUUGGGAUUAACUUAUGCAGAAGCUGCACUCCGGGAAAAGGCUUGGUAAUUUAGGGGCCUGGGUUCUAAGAAGCUGAGAAGGUGUAACACCACACUAACAUGCUGCUUGUAUUAAAGAAUUAGUCCACAUCAAUUAGAUCAUAGCUCUUUUUGAGGCAAGAGUCUGGAUGUGCUUAGCUGAGUAACCAUUUUGAGGCGGAGGCGAUUUGCUUUGCUAGUUUUAUUCAUGACCACAAUGGAAUGUUCUUUCAGAGUCCUGAAUAAUUGACAUAGCUGUAUUUCAGUUUUUGGACCGAACUUGUUUCACAUGAUGUUCUAUUUCAGAAUUAUCGCUGUAUUUGUUGACAUCAAA